AUGCCACGAACUCAGAAAUCCAAGCCGAUACGUUUCGUCAAUGCCUACCCCAUGUCCGAAAGCGAGAAAAAGCAUUCUCGUUUGAUCGUAAGAUCACAUAUAGGAUCGUGGACAUGGCAACAGAUUAAGGAGCGUUCGGACUCGGAAAUGGGGCAACAAAUCGACAAACAAAAUAUUUCUGUGCAACGAAAGGAGAUUGAGAAUGAGGAGGAAUAUUUCGCCUCUAGCCUUGACGACGACGAAGAGUUGCUUGGGCGAGAACCGCCAGCCACAAGAUCUCCCUUUCGGCCAAAUGACAGCCAUUCGACUUCGAUUCACAACCUAGGGGCUGGUAAUGUAGAUCCGUUUAGGACGUAUCCAUCAGAAGUGCCUUCGGCUACUGUUAAUAAGUGCAUAUCAUAUUCAUUAUCGCUCCUUCUCCCUAAUAUGACACCCCGAGAUGCGCAGGGAAACAGCCUCGCUGCAUCACACUGGUACUCGUUGUCACUGCAAGAGCCUGUCCUCUUUCCAGCAUUUCUUUUUGGUCCCCUUUUGCACAAGCGAGUACGAUAUCUGAGUAGUGGAAAACCUGUUAAUCUGCUGAACAAUUAUGAAGAGCGAGAAAUGAGGGCAAUGGAACUUGAAUUAAUACAGGGAGUCAACAAAGCCAUCACAGAUCCUUUACGGGCGACGUCAGAUGCGGUGAUCAUGUCCAUCAUGACCCUUGCGCAUGGGUCUUCUGAUGAUCCACAGUGGUAUGCAGAACAUAUGUCGCCAUUUAAAGCACCCCUCAAAAGUCUGCAAUGGCUGGACACAUACGCUUUCUUUGAGAUGGAUCCAGUCCAUACCGCGGGUCUUCUAAGGGUUGUUUCACUCAGAGGGGGAUUGACAAAGAUAAAGUAUCCAGGACUAGCUCCUGUGCUUUCUUUCUCUGGUCUUAUAUAUGCCAGCAAGACUCUUACUCGCCCAAUGAUGCCUUUUAUGCGGAUGCAUAAUGGCUUCCUUGCCGAACAGGAGGAUCAAGAUCUUGAAACAAUAGAGGAUCGUUUCCAUAACUUGUUGGGGAUAAGUCUCCCUUUAGAUUUGUGUAAAGUGUUCCAAAGAGUGCAGAACUAUUUGCAUCUUUUGGAGCUGUAUAUUCAGGGGACACUGUCGCAAGUAGAUUUGUGUCUGAUCGCCGAUAAGCGCAACUUCACUCAACAUAGUCUCUUGUCACUUCCAUCUGCAAGUGAGUUUAGUGAGCCGUACCGGAUGGCUUACCCUUGGUACGAGACUGUUCGACUUGGAUGUCUUGUAAUGAGCAUUGGCGUCAUAUUCCCACUACCUGCACGAGCAGCGCCUCUGCAUCCUCUUGCACGUAUGCUUCAAGAGGAGUUGGAGAUUGUUCUCCAACAGAGCGCUCAUCACUUUUCCUCGACGAUCCUUCUCUGGGGGGUGGUUCUCGGUGGCAUUGCAUCAUGUGGGAUAAAUGAAAGAAAAUGGUAUGUCUCUACGCUACGAGACAUAACAAAGCUUAUGGGAUUUUCCAGUUGGCAUCAAGUUAAGAUGAUUCUACAUCAGAUCCUGUGGGUCGGAAGUGCUUGUGAUUGCGCGGGACGAGCACUUUGGGAUGAUGCAAUUGUAUUUAGUGAUAUCUGGCUUGCUGGAGUUAAUGGAUAG